UUUAAAAUAAUGAGCUAUGACAUACUUUGUUUCAAACAUUGUAACUCAAAGUCAAUAUUUUGUAAAACAAUACCUGAAAAAUGUCCUAUUUGCAAUAUUAAAUUAAUAAAUUUAUCGAUAGAACCAUUUUUAUUACCAUAUUGUUGUACAAAAGCAACAAAUAAUCCUACAUCAAUAGUUUUAAAACCGUCUCACGGUUCAUUUUGCAAUGAUUACAACAUAACAAAUGACAUGCAUAUCGGUUUAGUUAAUUCUCAAUGUCAAUUAUAUGAAUAUGAUCAUCGUGGAAUAACUCAUAAUAAUUUUAACGACUGGUCAGAUUGUAUUGUAAUAAAUGACUUGAUACCCGAAUCUUGGUAUUACCAUUGGGAUGAAGUAUUAUCGCAGUUAGUAAUAAAUCCCAUAUGGAGUUCAUCAAAUUACAAUCCGGCGAGUUUUAAUUGCUAUAAUUUUAUUAUUGAAUUUUUAAAAUUAUUAAAUUAUAAUAAUUUAAAAUUUAUUGAUAAAGAGCAUGUGUUUAAUGAAUUUUUUUUACCAAAACUACGUUAUACAUUAAAAUAUAUUUAUAUUUAUAGAAAAUUAAAAAACAAUUGUUGUUAUAUUGCUUGA